AUGGAGGUGAUUCAAAAAUCUCGAAAACGCAACCACACAUCUCCACCCCCCUCAUCCACAUUCACCCGCAGCAAAGCCCAUAGUCUCUUACACCGGAGCCGCUCCGGUCAGAUCCGCCACGAUCCCAUCCGGAGUAAGGCGGAACCACAUCCCGUUCCAGUUCCGGUUCCAUCACAAGAGGAACUCUAUCACGUUCCCGUUCAUUUUGCUGGAAACAAUGCAUCGGAAAAAAUUUCCGAAUCGGAGUACAAAUCUCUCGUUCAGGAUAUUUGUAAGGAAUGUUGCGAAUCGGAUUCGGAAGACAAAGAUCUCGUUAAGGAUCUUUGCAAGAAAGCGAAGGUUGACGACGGGGACCUAGCUUGUGCUACGGCGAAGGAUCUUCGCACGAGGCGAGUUUAUUCGUUUUUGUCUAGUGCUGGUGUUUGCUCCGAUCGGAUCGGAAGCGCGUUGUCCAAUGAAAGUACCGUUGAUUCGGAUCGGGAAGCAGCUGAGUUAGGGUUUGAAUCACCGUUCGCUGAUAACGGCGAUGGAAGGAUCUCACUGACUGAGGUACCUGUUUUAGGGCUUUCAUGUAUACCUCGGGAUUUCAACCGGGGAACCACUGAAUCGUCCUAUGAAAGUCCGAAAUUGAAAGUUAAAAAGCAAAUUGAUGAAAAAAAUGAUGACUAUUGUUUGGAGAAAAAUGAUGAUUUGGGUGAAGAACCAGUACAAACGACUCCACCUGAUGCUGUUAUAAGUAUUAAUUUGGAAGUUAAGGGAGAUGCGAGGAAAACUGAAGAGGGUUUUUCUGGUACCAAAGAUUGCCACCAGUUUAAUAGUCAUGCUGUCAAGAGCAAAUCUGUACUCAAACCACGAUUACCUGGGAAAUUGUUCAAAGCACCAGGUUCAGUUAACUACAGAAGGCUAAUGGAGAUUAUGGGAGAUGAUUUCGGUAUGCCGAAUUCAGGCCAUUGCUUCAAAGAUAAGAAGGUUAUGGAUGCACAGGGGUUUGAAUUUCCCUUGUCAUCUGAUAAUCACGAAGUUUCUAAACCUGAAACUAAUGGCACCGUGCUUGAUACUAAUGGCCCAAAACUUACACCUUUACCAAUGCAAUUAGAUAUUGCAAAAGUGAAUGGUUUUCUUGGUGCUAGAGAUUCUAUACCAACAACCCACAAUGCUGAGAUAUAUGAUACUUCAGUGCUCAAUGUAGACCAAACAGAGAGCAUGGUGAAGGUUGUCUGCCCCAAAGCUGACAAGAGGAAUGAACCUCUUAAGAGUAAACAUGUGCAUAUACCUUAUUUGCACGGGAAGCUGAUAAAAACUCCAGGUUCAGUCAAUUAUAGGAGGUUGCUUCCAUUUAUGAAGAAUCUUACUAAAGAAGACUCUGGAACAUCAACAUUUGGUGACAAGACACACGAUGAAGCUUCUACUUACAUCCAAAUGACAGUCAAUGGCCCAAUGCAAGACAAAGUUGACUCUAAUGCUUUGGCAAACACCAUAUUGGUUAGUCCUGCUAAUAUGAUAACUCAUGGCAACCUUCCAGAAUUGACAUCUUCCCAAGACUUGCCGAUGCAGUUAGAUGCAAAAGUAAUAGUCCACGAGUGCUUACCUGAAUCCAAUGUUCAGGAACACUCUGAGAAGGCUGCAAUAACUUCAAAAGAUGAGUGCUUGAGUGAAUCAAAGACUGAUCCUUGUUCAGUAAUGAUGGAUUUUCACUGUGCUAAGAUUGUCGCUGGUGCUGCUAACCAUGCUGGCUUUAAUCAAGUGCCCACAACUACAUCUGAACAAUCCUUUAGUGAGUCACAACCCAAAGACCAAAAUAUGUUUAAUAUUAGUGAUGAUAAGCAUCAUUCAAGUGAAGAACAAGGAUUCUCUAUUGGUUUUGAUAAAAGUAUGGAGUUAGUGAAUCUGGAGAAGUGGGAAUCUAAUAGCAGCUGUCCUCCUGAAGGCCAGAGUCUACAUCAAUUGGAUCAUAAUAUGCCAGAUGUGGAGAACAAAAUGAGCAGCCAUGCAAUUAGCAAAAAUGAUGAUGAUGUGGUUUUAAGUUGUGUCAGUUUCUCAAAUGAAGAACCUAGGCCACCAUCAGAGAAGGUUAUCUCUGAUAAACCAGAGUUACCAGACAUUGCAGAGGGGAAUGAAGCAAACACCCGUGCAAUUAGGAAGUUUGAUGAUGCGGUGGUUUUUGGAUGUGUCAACAUCUCAAAUGAAGAACCUAGGCCACCAUCAGAGAAGGUUGUCUCUGAUAAACCAGAGUUACCAAACAUUGCAGCACAUGGGGGUGACAUAGCAGGAAGUCUACUGAAUGGCCUGGUUUAUGCCUCAAAGAUGCCUUCAAAAGGAAGCAAUAACAAAAGUGCUAUUUCUGUUGGCGAGAGUGAAAAUGGAUCUGAACCCAAGACCACACUGUCAUUUGAACAGGUUUUAAAUCGUUGUCCACGAACAAAGUUGUUCAAACAUGCUGGGUCUUUAAACUACAAAAGAUUGCUUCCAAUUUUCUUGGAAACUGUGAAGUCUAAUUCCUGUGCUUCAAAUAAUGAACAUCAUCCAAAAGUUCAGAAGCUGUUGGAUCAUACUCCAGCUGUUCCAAUUUCAGAUUCAAACCUGUUAGUAGAUCCGGUAAGUGCUUCAAAUGACUGUGUUCCUGUGGACGAUAGUACAUGCCAUUCUGGUGCUCAGAAAGAAACAGACUUGCAAGCCUGUGACUUAAAUAAUGAUAGUUCAAGCCCAAGAUCUCAACUGCCAGAUAAACAGAUCGUAUCAAAUGGACUCGAAAAGCUGGAGAUCCUAAUCAGUUCACCAAUUUCUGUUCACAGUGAUUUACUGACCACACCUUUAAAGCCUAUAAUUAAUGAAGUUAUCACUAGAGAAGAACAGGCUACACCCUCCCUGUCUAUUCAGCAAAAAUCACCUGAAACAUCUGGAUUUUGUCAGAGCACGUCCGAACUGAAAGUCACAUAUCAACUUAGUGCCCCGACUGUUGGUUCCCAAAAAGGAAUUUUGAGAAGAAACCCCAGAGGAUGCAGAGGGCUUUGCACAUGUUUAAACUGUGUUUCUUUUCGCCUUCAUGCUGAAAGAGCAUUUGAAUUUUCUAGAAAUCAGCUGCUUGAUGCUGAUGAGGUUGCUGAAGACCUUAUGAAGGAACUAUCCAUUCUCAGAAACAUUUUAGAAAGAAAUAUUGAUGGUGUCAAUGACACUCCUGUUUUUGAUGGAAGCCAGGUGAAAGAAGCCUGCAGGAAAGCCUUUGAAACUGAACAAUUGGCAAAAGAUCGGCUUAGCCAGAUGAAUGACGAUCUUAACAUCCAUUGCAGAACACCGAGUCUGCAGCCACCAAGUGUUAAAUUUUCAGAUCACGUUGAAGAAAAAGUGAUUCAACCGGAUGCAUAA